AAGAUAAAAUCAAGAAUUUAAAUUUUGUUCACCAUCAGUCUGUGUUGUAUCCUAUAAAAUAUUUUAUAUAAAAAUUUAAAAAAAUAUUUGAUAACCUGCAAUAUCAAAUUAAAUUUACUUGAUAUCAUAAAACAUUUUAUAUAGUACUGUCAAACACACAAAACAUAAAUUAAAUCAAUCACUUCAUACUCGUGUGCUGCAUGUUCCUAUCCUUACAUAUACUAUAAAUCCAUCCAUGCAUGGCAUAUAAUGCAUCCCAUCCCACGCACGCAAAGAUAAAAAGGCAACAAUCAUCAUCUCCUCAAAAAGCCUCCGUUUUUUUCCAAAGUUUUCCGAGCCAUUGAAGAAAGUUGAAACAAAGCUAAAAAGAAACACCUCCCACACAAAGUCUUCCCCUUCUAUUAAAGCACAGAGACACCAUACUCACCAAAACGCCUCGAUCGAUCACUCAAAUUCAAAAUACUAACUUUCUUGUAAAUUUCAUCUGGUCUUUUAGACGCACUUUGGAUACGGUUACCAACAAUUUUCUCCUUUUCUCAGAGAAAUGAAAGUGCCCUUUUCCACUAAUGACAACGUGAGUUCUAAACCAUUGAUUAGCAACAACAACAAUAACAAUAACCUUCGAAACGUUACCUUCCCGGCCGCUACCAACGGCCCUAAUUUGUGCUACGAACCCAAAUCAGUCCUCGAGCUCCGCCGUAGCCCAAGCCCCAUCGUCGAAAAGCAGAUUACAACGAAUCCAGAUUUGUCAAAUCUGUGUGGCAGCGAAGAUCCUCUUCAGUUAGGUGAUCAUGUUCUGAGCAACUUUGAAGAUUGGGAUUCAUUGAUGAGAGAACUUGGCUUGCACGACGAUUCUGCUUCCCUUUCGAAAACUAACCCUCAACUCAGCCUCACCCACAGCGAGUCACUGACUCAUUUCCAUAAUCUCUCCGACUUCUCAGCUGACUCGACUCAGUUUGCUAGCCCUGAUUUUUCUUUCUCUGAGAGUACUUUCCCUCAGCAGUUCCCCGCGGUGAAUCAGGGAAGUUUCAUCAACGCCCUCGAUCUCUCCGGUGAUAUCCACCAGAAUUGGAACGUAGGAUUUGAUUACGUUGAUGAACUCAUUCGUUUCGCUGAGUGCUUCGAAACGAAUGCUUUCCAACUCGCACAUGUGAUACUGGCACGGCUCAAUCAACGCCUCAGAUCCGCCGCCGGAAAACCUCUCCAACGAGCUGCCUUUUACUUCAAGGAAGCACUUCAAGCUCAACUCGCUGGGUCAACUCGGCAAACUCGUCCAUCGAGUUCCUCCGAUGUGAUUCAAACUAUCAAAUCGUACAAAAUAUUCUCGAAUAUUUCUCCGAUCCCUAUGUUCUCUAGCUUCACAGCGAAUCAAGCCGUGCUGGAAGCAGUUGACGGCUCGAUGCUAGUCCACGUCAUCGAUUUCGACAUCGGGCUUGGUGGUCACUGGGCUUCCUUCAUGAAAGAGUUAGCCGAUAAAGCCGAGUGCCGUAAAGCAAACGCGCCGGUUCUUCGAAUUACAGCUCUAGUUCCUGAAGAAUACGCUGUGGAAUCAAGGUUGAUCAGAGAAAACUUAACCCAAUUUGCUCGUGAACUCAAUAUUGGUUUCGAAAUUGACUUUGCUCUAAUUCGUACAUUCGAAUUGUUAUCUUUCAAAGCCAUAAAGUUCAUGGAGGGAGAGAAAACAGCGGUGCUUUUAUCCCCCGCUAUAUUCCGACGGGUCGGGUCAGGAUUUGUUAACGACCUCCGUCGUAUAUCCCCUAACGUGGUGGUACACGUUGACAGCGAAGGACUUUUGGGUUAUAAUGCGAUGUCGUUCCGGCAGACAGUAAUAGACGGGCUAGAAUUCUACUCUACCCUACUGGAAUCACUGGAAGCGGCAAAUAUUGGUGGCGGGAACUGCGGUGAUUGGAUGAGGAAGAUUGAGAAUUACGUGCUGUUUCCGAAGAUAGUUGAUAUGGUGGCGGCUAUAGGGCGGCGAGGCGUCGGCUUCGGGGGAGGAGGAUCAUGGAAGGAUGCGAUGGUGGGUGCCGGAUUCCGGCCGAUGGGGUUAAGCCAGUUUGCGGAUUUUCAGGCAGAUUGUUUGUUGGGGAGAGUACAGGUAAGAGGAUUCCACGUGGCAAAGAGACAAGCAGAGAUGUUGCUUUGCUGGCAUGAUAGGGCAUUAGUAGCCACGUCAGCAUGGAGGUGUUAGUUAAUCAAAAUAAUGAGUAAUAACUAACCCGAAACCAAAACUAGUUGUACUAAUAAUAAUAGUAAGGAUUUGGAUCUUAAUUAGAUGUAUGGUUCAGUUUUAGGGGUUGGGUUGUAGCAUAUAGCAACACACAAAAAAAAACUCAAAAAGAAACUUUAAGAAGUUCAAUGGUCUUUUUUUUUUUUUUUGGUUCCCUACAAUUGUGUUGGUAGCCAUCUAUCUUUUGUAAUUUUGUAGCUUCAUUUGAGUCUAAGGUCGAGGUUGGUGUCUAUUAUUAGUGGAUAAUUGCAAUUUCUAGCUCUUUUCUCAUUUGUUAAUCUGAAAGGAUACAUCGUCGUGUUCAACUACUAA